UUAAGUCCUUAUCUGCACAGUCUACUGGAUCAUCCCUAAAUUAUUUGUGCCCAACAGAUUGCGCAAUACAAGAAUUCCUAAAGACGUUUGGCUUAUUCAAAAGUUUAAGUUUCUUUUCAUACUCAUGGAUAUGCCUUUGACUCCAACAGUUAUUCCUUUUUCAAAUUCCAGUGAAGAAUGUAACCUAGAAGCUGACUUUCAGUAUGGCUUUUAUACUAUUAUCUACAGCCUUGUGUUUAUAUUGGGUUUGCCAGGCAAUGUUUCGGCUCUAUACUUCUUGAGUCGCCAAUCACAACGUUCCAGAAGCUCAAACAUCUAUUUUGUGAAUUUGUCAAUGGUGGAUACUGUUUUUAUAUGCCUUCUGCCUAUCCGUAUCUAUUACCACAAUAAUGGUAACAAUUGGGAGUUUGGUGACGUGACUUGUCGUAUUACUGGUGCUCUCUUUUAUGCCAACAUCUACUUGAGUAUCAGUUUCUUUACGUUUAUAUCACUAGAUAGAUACCUGGCUGUAGUGCACCCACUAAUCUUCCUCCGUUUAAAGUCCAGUAAAUAUCCACUGUUUUUUACCAUUGUCAUCUGGGUUAUUUCAUGUGCCAUUUUGCUGCCUUUGACGCUGGGAGGACCACUUGCAAAUGUUUCAGAGAACAGCAGCCAAACAUCUUGUUUUGAAAAUUUUUCUCCCAAUAGUUGGCAGGGUCGUCUUAUUCCUUACAAUGUGUGUGCCCUGAUCUUUGGCUUUUUGGUUCCUUUUACUGUCAUCGCAGUGGUAUUCCCUGUAAUGGCGCGGAGGGUGUGCCAGAUCAGGAAAAGCAUCCAUCGCAAGGUUGCUCUGUGGAUCAUUGGGUUUAUUCUUGCAGUUUCUCUGCUUUGUUUCUUGCCUUAUCAUAUCACUCACCUGCUAUACUUCCUCAUGAGGCUGAAGUAUAUCCAACACUGCUCAGCAUCCAACCAUAUCUACAAAUUACGUCGGAUUACUCUGGCCCUGGUGAGCCUUAAUAGCUGUCUCAACCCAUUGAUCUACUUUAUACCAUCUCUAAGCCGAAGACUGAAUCACCAAAAGACAGAACAUAUCAAACGUGUAUAUAGUGUUACUGAUGAUAAACCAUCAAGAGACAAAUUCACUUAUACACUCACUGACGUACCAUCACAACAGGAAAUGGACAUAACCUUAAAAGCAAAGGCUGAAUGGGUAGCUACACCUUGUUUAAGUCAACGUUUGCAAUGA